AAAACCGUGACCAAAAAUAAUAGAAAGCAAAAUGUUUGCUAUAAAUUGGAUAAAAAUCAAGUAGACUGACAUAUUAAAGGAGAAUCAAAGCUUUCGUGUAACUCAACAUUAAUUAAGAUGGCUAUGUCAGGAGUUGGUCUGUGUGAUGGCGUUGUAAAAACAUACGACACCAAACUGAAAACAAAGCAUUUAUUAGACGCUCUAGUACUGUUAAUAAAUAAAGAAGAGAAGAGGCAAAUAGUGGCCGAACAUGAAUUUGAAGUCGGAACCUUACCCUUUGAAGAGCUAAAGAAAAUUCUGCCGCCGAAAGAACCAAGAUACGUUUUAUACGAUUACAACUACACCACAGAAAAUGGACAACAACAUAGUAAAAUCAUUCUUGUUUCGUGGAGUCCAGAUGAAGCUUCGAUGAAAGAAAAAAUGAUAUAUGCAUCCAGUAAAGAUGCCGUAAAAAAGAAAUUACAAGCUAUUAAAAUAGAAGUGCAAGCAAGUGACCUAGGUGAUUUAGAUGAGGCAGAUAUUGAAGCUAAAUUGAAAAAGAUUUAGGACUUAUAUUGACAGCGUUGUGUAUAAAACUUUCAAACAUAGCUAUAUGAAUCAUAACUUUACUGCUUAAACUUUGUGUCACUAACAGGUGGCAGUGCAGAUAUUCAAGUGGGUGCACUCAAUGACUGUUGCCAUGGAAAUACCACGACCUAUUACUGUACAGCAAGAACUAUCAGCUUAUCGUUUAUCCUGCUUCUGAUAGAUGAGUUUGGGUAGUUAAAAAUUUGUGUCAGUUUGUUGCCAUGGAUUUCAAACGUUUUUCCCUGAGAACUUUAAAUUGUGAUCAAUAUUUUUUUUUUUUUAAAUUGUUCAUGAAUUUAUGUUACCAGAAGAAUUAUCAAGACUUUAUUUAAACAUUGAAUUAUUUAAUGUUUGUUAUUUAAAUAUUGUUUUUCCUAUACUUUCUUUUUUAUACAUGUAUGUGUGUUGAGAUUGUCAUUUUAAGACAUAUCUGAUAUCAACAGUAAUACGUCAUCCCAAGGGAAAUGUGUGGUAUGAUCAGAUAGCCAUGAACAAUAGUAAAUAUAAACAAUCAAGGAAAUAGACUAGUUUUUUUCUACAAAUUUUGUAUAAAUGCCAAUUUAAAUGUGAAAAGUAUUAUAAAAUGCAGGACAA